AUGUCAAGCAAAACAUUAACUCUUUUUAUUUUGUUUCUCAAUAUCUCCUUGUUUCCAGCCAUAUCUGCUCUCAACCAGGAAGGUCUCUCUCUACUUUCAUGGCUUUCAACCUUCAAUUCUUCUAACUCUGCUACUUCCUUCUAUUCAUGGAAUCCAACCCACCAAAAUCCUUGCAGAUGGGAUUAUAUUCAAUGUUCCAAAGAAGGGUUUGUUUCAGAGAUCAUAAUAACAUCCAUUGAUCUUCAUAGCAGCUUCCCUCCACAGCUCCUUUCUUUUGGCCACCUCACCACUCUGGUAAUCUCAAAUGGAAAUCUCACUGGCGAGAUUCCAAGUUCAGUGGGAAACUUGUCCUCUCUGGUCACUUUGGACCUUAGCUUCAAUACUUUAUCAGGAACCGUUCCAGAAGAAAUAGGAAAGCUAUAUAAACUGCAGUGGCUAUCAUUGAAUUCAAAUUCCUUAAGCGGUGGAAUUCCAACCACAAUUGGAAACUGUUCAAAGCUUCAGCAGCUGGCACUGUUUGACAACCAACUCUCUGGUAUGAUUCCUGGAGAAAUAGGCCAGUUGAGGGCUCUUGAAACUCUCAGAGCAGGUGGAAAUCCAGGUAUUUACGGUGAAAUUCCAAUGCAGAUAUCAGACUGCAAGGCUCUUGUUUUUCUGGGACUUGCAGUUACUGGGAUUUCUGGGGAGAUUCCACCAAGUUUAGGAGAACUUACCAAUCUCAAGACACUUUCUGUCUACACAGCACAUCUCACAGGUCACAUACCGCCAGAGAUUCACAACUGUUCAGCCUUGGAAAAUUUGUUUCUGUAUGAAAAUCAGCUUUCUGGAAACAUUCCUUACCAAUUAGGUUCCAUGCAAAGCCUCAAGAGGAUAUUGCUGUGGCAGAACAAUUUAACUGGCACCAUUCCAGAAAGUUUGGGAAACUGUACAAAUCUGAAGGUUAUAGAUUUCUCUUUGAAUUCUCUGAGUGGUCAGGUACCUGUGACUCUCAGAAGUCUACUCUCAUUGGAGGAAUUUCUUUUGUCUGAUAAUAACAUUCAUGGGGAAAUACCUUCCUAUAUUGGCAACUUUUCCAGGCUGAAGCAACUUGAAUUGGAUAACAACAACUUCACUGGGGAGAUUCCACCUGUUAUGGGACAACUGAGGGAACUUACUCUCUUCUUUGCCUGGCAGAAUCAACUCCAUGGAAGCAUACCAACAGAACUAUCCAACUGUGAGAAACUUGAAGCAGUUGAUCUUUCACACAAUUUCCUUACUGGUUCGAUUCCAAAUUCACUCUUUCAUCUAGAGAAACUAACUCAGUUGUUGCUGAUAUCAAACAGACUUUCAGGUCAAAUUCCACCAGAUAUUGGCAGUUGCACCAGCUUGAUCAGGUUACGUCUGGGAUCAAACAACUUUACUGGUCAAAUUCCACCAGAAAUAGGUCUUUUAAGCAGCUUGAGCUUUCUUGAGUUGUCAUAUAAUCUACUCAGUGGAUAUAUUCCCUCUGAGAUAGGUAACUGCGCUCAUCUAGAAAUGCUUGAUUUGCACAGCAAUAAGUUGCAAGGAACCAUUCCUUCCUCAUUAAGAUUCCUAGUUGCUCUUAAUGUCUUAGAUCUUUCUUCAAACAGAAUAACUGGAAGCAUUCCUGAUAACUUGGGCAAGCUUACGUCUUUAAAUAAGUUGAUUCUAAGUGGAAACCAUAUCAAUGGUUUGAUCCCUCAUUCACUAGGCCUUUGUAAGGAUUUGCAGUUGCUGGAUAUAAGUAACAAUAGGAUUACUGGUUCCAUUCCCAAUGAGAUUGGUUACUUGCAAGGAUUAGAUAUCCUCUUGAACUUGAGUUUGAAUUCUCUUACAGGCCCUAUUCCUGAGACCUUCUCAAAUCUCUCGAAACUUUCCAUUUUGGAUCUCUCUCACAAUAAGCUCACAGGCACCCUCAGAGUAUUGGGUAGUCUUGACAAUCUUGUGUCUCUAAAUGUCUCCUACAAUAGCUUUUCUGGUUCUCUUCCUGAUACAAAGUUCUUCCGGGAUUUGCCUGCUGCAGCAUUUGCUGGCAAUCCUGAGCUUUGCAUUAACAAGUGUCAUGCAAGUGAAAAUCGCCAAGGCAUCAAGUCAAUAAGAAAUAUCAUUAUGUACACUUUCUUUGGGGUUAUUUUAACUUCUAUCUUUGUCACUUGUGGAGUAAUUUUAGCUCUCAGAAUUCAAGAGGCCAAUUUUGGGAGGGAUUUUAAUGAAGGUGGUGAAAUGGAAUGGGCUUUCACUCCAUUCCAGAAACUCAACUUCUCCAUCAAUGACAUUGUCACAAAGUUGUCAGAUUCAAACAUUGUGGGAAAGGGUUGCUCGGGGAUUGUUUAUCGUGUAGAGACUCCAAUGAGACAGUUUAUUGCAGUGAAGAAGCUAUGGCCAAUAAAGAAUGAAGAGCCACCAGAGAGAGAUCUUUUUAGUGCAGAAGUUCGGACCCUUGGAUCAAUAAGGCAUAAAAAUAUAGUGAGACUUUUAGGAUGCUGUGACAACGGAAGAACUAGAUUGCUCUUGUUUGAUUAUAUAUGUAAUGGGAGUUUGUUUGGAUUGCUCCAUGAAAAGAGAUUGUUCUUGGAUUGGGAUGCAAGGUAUAAGAUCAUACUGGGAGCAGCUCAUGGUUUAGAAUAUCUUCAUCAUGAUUGUAUCCCUCCAAUUGUCCACCGGGAUAUUAAGGCUAACAACAUCUUGGUAGGUCCACAAUUUGAAGCUUUUCUUGCAGAUUUUGGCCUUGCAAAACUCGUGAGUUCCUCAGAGUGUUCAGGAGCCUCUAAUAUAGUAGCAGGUUCUUAUGGAUACAUAGCACCUGAAUAUGGAUACAGUUUAAGGAUCACUGAGAAGAGUGAUGUGUACAGUUAUGGGGUUGUGCUACUUGAGGUCUUAACUGGGAUGGAACCAACUGAUAACAGGAUUCCAGAGGGUGCCCACAUUGUCACCUGGGUUAUCAGUGAAAUUCGAGAGAAGAAAAAAGAAUUUACAUCUAUCCUUGACCAGCAACUAGUAAUGCAGUGUGGAACAAGGACCCCAGAGAUGCUUCAAGUGCUAGGGGUGGCUAUCCUCUGUGUGAAUCCAUCCCCAGAAGAACGACCUACAAUGAAAGAUGUAACAGCAAUGCUCAAGGAGAUCAGGCAUGGUAAUGAAGAUUUUGAGAAACCAAAUAUUCUCCAUAAAGGCAUGGUUACCAAUCCAAAAGCAGCAGUUCACUGUUCGAGUUUCUCCAGAUCAUGUGAACAUUUAAUAGAAUCAUCUUCUUCUUCUUCGUAG